CAUCCAAUCAUCUAAAUUAGGUUAAUUUUCUUUUCUUUUUAAAAUUUGCAGAAACUCAAAAACCCUCGUUUUCUCUUCGUCUCUGACGAGUCUGCCCCCAUUCAUGGCUCUCACUCGACAAAACAUCUUCAGUAUGACUUCUCAGUCCAUGAACUUCUGGAGGACAAUGAGUACGGUUACGGAGAAGCGAAAUAUAGAGGACCACAAACGUAGAUUGCUUUCUGCUAAAUAUGAAUUGAGGCGAAAGCUUUACAAGGCUCUUCACAGAGAUACCGAUCUUCCUUCUGAGAUCCGAGAGAAAUUUCUCUGUAAGUUGUCUCAGUUGCCGAGAAACAGUUCCUUCACUCGUGUAAGAAACCGAUGCAUUUUCACUGGUCGACCUCGUGCCGUGUACGAGAAAUUUCGAAUGUCUCGUAUUGUUUUUCGUAGUUUAGCAUCUCAAGGUCUUUUGAAUGGCAUCAAGAAGGCAUCUUGGUAGACUUAGCUUUGUGGCCUUGUUUACAAGCAAGGUAGAAUCUAUUUAUGGUUUGCUUGUGCUUUGAAAGAUAAGAUCGAAUAAUCUCAGUCAGGCCCUUUUAUGGUGUUUUUAUAGGCCUGUCAUACUUCUGAUUUUAUUGUCUAUGGCUCUUUUAACCUUUGUUGCUUCAUAUUGCCCAUUGGCAUUGUAUCACAUACUAAAAUUUUACUCGUAAUUUAGACUUCUUAGCUGAUUAAUGUCA